UCAUUAUCAAGCUAUUUAUAUUCUUCAGAUAUAUGUGGAGAAGUAAAACUAAGAUCUGAGAAGGUGGUUAAUUUCGUAACAGUAGAAAUUGAAUAUCAUCCAUCAAAUUAUGAGAAACGUAACAGUAAUUCUAAACGACAUUGGAUAUAUUCCGCAAAGCUAAAUUCGAAAAAGUUGAAAAUGGCAGCUGGUAUGUACGAACAAAUACGGGAGACAAAUGAUGUAUACGUGUUGAAAAUAUACAGGUUUAAUAUUUCUAUGAACGGGCGAUAUGCUGUUUAUUGCGACAACAGUAACACAUUUACAAAUCCCAUAGAAGUAAAAGUAUCAGAACCACCAAGUUUACCUGUAAUAGUUGGUCUACAAAACAUAGAAAAUUGCACUGACUGUGUUGUUGGUGAAGAUAAUGACCUGUUCGAACUUGCCUGUGAGAUACACGGUGGAACCCGUCCUCUAAUUGUUACCAUGACAAUAGGAAAUGAAUCAUAUAUACCCGAAGAAUGGAAUUCAACAACCUAUAUGGUAUUGUUCAAGGUGAGGGACCAUCAUCACAUGGAAAAUGUGAUAUUUUCAGUCAUGAACGAUGCAUUGUCGUCACCUUUAAGUGUUACUGCUAAGAUGUUUGUUAUAAUUAGCCCAGAUGGUAGAGAGACGGGCGAAAAUAUGAGUACAACAGCUUAUCCAGGUGAUAUAGAGAAAGGCGAUAAUAUGAGUGCAGCAGCAAACCCAGAUGGUAGAGAGACAGGCGAUUAUAUGAGUACAACAGGCAUAAACGAAACAGGUGUAGGUUUAGGAGCUGUUGUUGGGUCCGUUUUUGCUGUGUUAGCUGUUGGAAUUCUUAUUGGUGUGAUUUCUACCUUGUUGAUUCUUACUAGAAAAUGAAUUAUAGCAGGCUCGAAAACUCAGCCGACAGUUUCUUGUGACAUAGAAUUAACUGGACCAACAACUGCUCUGGAUACCUACGAGCAACUUCAAAACAGAACAGAUACUGAAAUCAGGGGAACUUAUCAUUCUCUUGAAGUCAACUCCAGAGUACAACAAAACAGCCAAUCACAGUAUGAGAGUCUGAAUCAGGAAACAGAGAACUAUCACACAUAUACAGAUCUAAAACAAAGUCGAUAAAUCUUGAGAAUAUACUUGAGAGAUUCGUCUUAAACGUUCUUGUCUGUUCGGGAAACUUUAUAGCAGGAUUGUUUGUAAUAUUUGUAUUUCUGUUAUUUUAAUGGAAGAUAUUGUUACACAAAUAGUCUCACUGACUUGUGUAAUAGAUUAAAAACUUAAUGUAUUAUGCUAUGUAUAAUGUUGUAUAAAUAACGGGGUCGUUUGGAAAAAAUAAAAAAAUACUGUUUUAAGGACUGGUGAUUUCUUGCAGUUAUGUUGCUACUUGAAAUAUCAACAUAAUUCGCAAAAAAGACUUUUUCAUUAAAUGUUUAUAUAUGUGUGCUUGACAUGUGUAAAGCUAAAAUAUGUGUAAUAUUAAAAGUAAAUUGAUUGUCGAAUGUUAUUUUCACAUAGAUGAUAUCAAAUCAAGCUUAUAUUAUGUUUGUUAAUAUUGCUUAAGCGGGUGCGUUUUGUUAUUCUAGUGAUAUUUUGUAAUAAUUAUUAUCUUACAUUUUCUGUUAAUAAGACAUGAAACAUUUGUAUUCACGUAUAACCUGUGUAUAUGUUACAAUGACACUAUUGUUGUUUGUUCACCUUUUAUUCAUCCGUAUGAAACUUCUAUAAAAAAAACUUAUUGGUAUAUAUUUUUAUAUAUAUUUUGAUUAAGUUUCUUUGAACAAGUGCUGCUGGUAACCGGUUAUCUAGUUUGUAUGCCAUAUAUUGAGUUAUAACACUUCCUAAUAAUUCUCAUUAAGUACGUAAGAAGAAUUCCAGCAACAAGCAAAAUUUAACAUUGCAUUGCUUUGCUCGAUUUCAAUCAUAGUUGAAACAUGUGUAGUGAACCAGGAUGCGAACAUUAAAGGGAUUCAUAAUCUACAAGUUUAUUUUCAGGUUUCUGGCUCUUAAGAAAUUUAGAAUAAACCGUUUGUAAUGUUUUUGCCCAAAAUUAUUUUUCAAAGAAUAUAGAAAAGCUAUUUCUGUUCCGAAAAAUAUCGAUAUAUUAGCAGAACGGAACAGAACAGAAACUUUAUUUCUUGGUUUAAGCAUAAAAAGCUCACCACCAUAUUACAUAUAAAAAUAAAACAUAUAAUACAUAAAUGACACAUGACAUGAACAUAAUAGUAUUUAAUUGCAAAAUAAUUGUUUAUGUAAUGUGAGAAUGUUUAAUGAGAUAAGAAAUUACUUAAAAAGCAUAUGAAUACAUGUAUAUAAUACACAAGAAUUUGUCUAUCUUUACCUAACAUUAUCAAUUUAAGCUGCAAUACAUUUUCUUUUAUGUUUGAGAAAUUCGGAAAUGCGUAUCAAUAGAAGCCACAAAAAAGCAAAUUCGCAGUUUAAAUUGUGACAAAUGAAGGGGAAUAACUUAUGUAACUUUACAUAACCAGUAUUUUAACAUUUACUUCCCUUUAAUAAGUCAUGAUCAAUAUUAAUAGAAUUCAUUUCUGUAUGAUAAAUGAAUACGUUUACUGAUUUUGUACGUUUUUUAUUUAAA